UGUGCAAUGGCAUCAGCUAAGCUAAACACCCUUCUUCAGACCAAAGUGAUUGAAAAUCAGAAUGAAGCAUGUUACAUUUUAGGGAAGCUGGAACAUGUUCUAAGUCAAUCAAUUAAGGAACAGACUGAAAUCUACUCAUUUCUGAUUCCCCUGGUCCGUACCCUGGUUUCCAAAAUCUAUGAGCUUCUCUUCAUGAACUUGCACCUGCCUUCUUUACCUUUUACCAAUGGUAGCUCUUCAUUUUUUGAAGAUUUUCAAGAAUAUUGCAGUUCAAAUGAAUGGCAAGUUUACAUCGAAAAAUAUAUCGUGCCUUACAUGAAGCAGUAUGAAACCCAUACAUUUUAUGAGAGUCAUGAGGACAUGGCACUUUAUUGGAAGAAUUGUUAUGAAGCCUUAAUGGUGAAUAUGCAUAAACGAGACCGGGAAGGAGGAGAAAGCAAGCUUAAGUUUCAG